UCCGCGCAAGCACGGGGCGCGAAAUGAUGGUUGGCGGCUUGUGCGCUCGCAGGCUGGCCCGCCGGUCCCGGUCCGCCCUGAUAGUGGCCCUCACGGUGCUGCUGGUCCAGACGCUGAUCGUGUGGAACUUCAGCAGCCUCGACUCCGGCGAAGACCGGGAGAACGGAGGCGUCAACGUGCGAGAGAAGAGGGACCGGGUCGCGGGCAACAAAGCCGCCGCUGCCGCCGCCGCCGGCAGCGACUAUUUCCAGCACGGGGGGGUCCAGCAGCAGCAGCAGCAGCAGCGGCGGCGGCAUCUUUCCCCACCGCCGGGGAAAGGGACGUCUCGACACAUACAGCAGCCGGACGGGUUCUACUCCCACCGGCCGAAGGAGAAAAGUCGAGUGGACAGCAACAACGAGAACUCCGUGCCCAAAGACUUUGAGAACAUUGACAAUAGUAACUUUGGCGCUCGCUCACAGCCGCACCGGCAGCCGGCGGGCGCCGCCGCCGCCGGCAAGCAGCGGGAACGGGAGCAGCUGCAGGAGAACGCCCACGCCCAGCGGCAGCAGCAGACGUGGCGGGACAACGCCCCGAGUCCGGGCGGCCGCGGCGGCUCCAACGAAGUGCUGUCCGUGGGCCACCGGCCUCCGGCGGCGGCGGCGGCGGGCGGCGACAACGACGCCUCUCGCCCGGGAGGCUCGAGGCAGCACGAGGCUAACCAGCAGCUAAUCGGCCAAUCGCAGCACAGACACCAACACCCGCGCAGGAGGCAAGCGACCGCCGCCGCGCCCCUGGGGGGCGUGGCCUACGACGAGCCGCCGAAGUGCGAGAUCGCCGGGAAGGAAGCCGUCUCGGCGCUGUCCAGAGCCAAGAGCAGAGAGUGCCGGCAGCAGAUCGCCGAGGUGUACUGCCGGCACAAGGAAGGGCAAUUAAUGCCGGAGGCGGUCACUCGCUACUGCCCCCUGGAGGGUAAAGCCAAUGCUAACGUCCAGUGGGACGAGGACUCUGUGGAGAGCUUUCCAUCGAAACCAGUCCGAAUCGCGUUCGUGUUGGUGGUCCACGGCCGAGCCUCUCGACAGUUCCACCGCCUCUUCAAAGCCAUCUACCACAGCUCGCACUACUACUACAUCCACGUGGACCAGCGCUCUGACUACCUGCACAGACAGGUGCACUCCUUGGCGGCCCAGUACUCCAACGUGAGGGUGACACCCUGGCGCAUGGCCACCAUCUGGGGCGGCGCCAGUCUGCUGACCAUGUACCUGCGCAGCAUGGCUGACCUGCUGGCCAUGAGGGACUGGAGCUGGGAUUUCUUCAUCAACCUCAGCGCUGCCGACUACCCCAUCAGGACCAACAACCAGCUGGUGGCCUUCCUGUCCAAGUACAGAGACAUGAACUUCAUCAAGUCCCACGGCAGAGACAACGCCAGGUUUAUCCGUAAGCAGGGUCUAGAUCGUCUGUUCUUCGAGUGCGACAAACACAUGUGGAGGCUGGGCGACCGUAAAAUCCCAGAAGGCAUCUCGGUGGACGGCGGGUCCGACUGGUUCCUCCUCAACCGCAUGUUCAUCGAAUACGUCAUCAACUCCAAGGACGACCUGGUCAUCAACAUGAAGCGCUUCUAUGCCUACACGCUGCUGCCAGCCGAGUCGUUCUUCCACACGGUUCUGGAGAACAGCGCCCACUGUGAGAGCAUGGUGGAUAACAACCUGCGCAUCACCAACUGGAACCGCAAGCUGGGCUGCAAGUGCCAGUACAAGCACAUCGUCGACUGGUGUGGAUGCUCCCCGAAUGACUUCAAGCCCGCGGACUUCCACCGCUUCCAGCAAACGGUGCGUCCCACCUUCUUCGCCAGGAAGUUCGAGGCCAGCGUGAACCAGGAGAUCGUCAACCAGCUGGACGCCUACCUGUUCGGCCCGUUUCCCCCGGCGACGCCGAGCGUGAACUCGUACUGGGAGAACGUCUACGACGAGCCGGACGGCGUCGGCAGCCUGUCGGACACGCAGCUCACGUACUUCCACUCCUUCUCGCGGCUCGGCCUGGCCAGAGCCGCCGCCUCGCUGCAGGGGAACCCCAAAGACCACAGCUGCAGGUACUUCCCCAUGGGCCACCCGGUGUCGGUGCAGCUCUACUUCCAGUCGGACCAGUUCCAGGGCUACCUGGUGAAGCACCACGCCACCAAUCUGGCAACCAGCAAGCUGGAAACCAUGGAGACCUGGGUGGCGCCCAAGAAGAGCUUCAAGCUGAUGUCCCCUCCGGGCGGCACGUUCAGCCGCUUGCAGUUCGCCGAGAUCGGCACCGAGUGGGACGCCAAAGAACGUUUGUUCCGUAACUUGGGCGGCCUGCUGGGCCCCGCGGACGAGGUGAUGGGCAUGCAGAGGUGGAGCAAGGGCCCCAACGUCACCGUCACCGUGGUGUGGAUCGACCCCACCAACGUCAUCGCCGCCACCUACGACAUCCUGAUCGACGCCGCCGCUGAGUUCACCCACUACCGCCCGCCGCUCAACCAGCCGCUGAGGCCCGGCGUGUGGAGCGUCCGCAUCCUGCACCACUGGAGCCCCGUGGCCGAGAUGAGCUUCCUCAUCGCCCCACUGGCCUACAGCAGGCACCAGCCCAUACGACAAGAGGACACUCUGAAGCACCACAACGGGCCGGCGAAGAACAGCUACAUGGAGCAGAGCUUCCACGGCCUCAACCCGGCGCUCAACAUCCCCGUCAGCCCGGGCCGCGUGGAGCAGGCCAAGAGGAACGCGGCGCUGACCGGCCCGGAGCUCGAGCGCUGGUCCGACGGCCUGGUGGGCGAGCUGUGGGAGGCGGCCGACGUCUGCGCCGCGGGGUCGACCGCCUGCCCCGUCAUGCAGGCCUGCGUCAAGAACCCUUGGAGCUCCCUGAGCCCGGACCCCAAAUCCCACCUGGGAACGCCACGCGCAGACGGGCGCAUCAGGUAGCAGCGAGGACCUCCAGCUGGACGGGAGGCCUCGGCACUGGGUUUGGUUUUUUUUGCAGCGGGUUCUUCCUCCUUCUCGGGAGGAAAAGAAAAAAAGAAAAAGUGGAUUUUUUAAAUUUUUUUAUGAGGUUUUGUUGUCUGGACAGAAAGAAAAGGAGAAUGAUUUGUAGCUCCUCCCACGGGGGUUUCCUCCUUUUCGGGGAUUAUGCUGGCUUUGCUAUUUCAGUUUCUCAGUGUAUUUAUUUAGUUUUUACUGUGAUCAAACGUUGCGAUUUUUUUCGAGCAUUUAUGAAAUAUGAAGUCAGCUUUUCAGGUCACCGGUCAUGUGACACGGACAAAGCACUGCAAAAAAACAACAAGUCUUAGCUGUGAGAUGGACGUGAGGAGCUCGCCUGGUAUUUAUUAAAUUUAAUGUGUUUCCACGUAAACAAAACGAGACGAUAUCUCGAGUGUUCAGAAGCACCAAAAACAAUCUACAAAUAUUAUUUUGGUACGACUCAAAUGUAAAAAACAUUUUAAAACAAAUAAAAAAAUGUAUGGAGGAAUUUAAAUAGCAAAUAUUUUAGCAUUAUUAAAGCCAAUUCCUUUAAAACUCUCAGUUAUCAGUAGAAUAAAUCAUAGAAAACUAGAAAUGCAAAAAUACUGAGGCCUUUUUUAAAAUAAUUACACCAAUUUGGAUUUUCAAAUGAAUUUAAUAUAGACAUUUUAGUGUUCUUAAUUAAUAAAGGUUCUGCAAAAAGUAUUUCAAGACUUAACAUAGUUACGGGUUUAUUUUAGUGAAGCCCAGAUGUUUUGGGUUUUCUCCCUCAAACUUGAAACAAUCAUCUCAAGCUGACCUUAAAAUGCACAUCCAUGUUUUUCAGUGUUUUACUUUAUUCCUGUAAUUUCAUGUUUUACAUAAUUAUUCAAGAAGUCUGUGUGAAUGAGUGGCGGUGGGGUCCAUGAGUCGCUAUUUAUUUAUACGUUUAUAUUAAAACUGAUAUUUUUAAAUAACUGCGACGCUGCCUUGGCAGCAUGAUCGAUAUUAUUUUUUUGUAAAGAAAGCUGCCUUUAUUUACAAAGGCCCAACUCUCCCAAACCUACACCGCUCCCUCGGUCAGUGUCGUCCCGUCUGAAUAGAUCUUCUUGUUUUGGGGUUUUUCGUAACAUCGGCUGUUUGCCGAGUGCAUCGCAAGAGGACAGUCGCUCUGACCCGUGAGGUCAGAGGUCAAAGGUCAGCUCUACCUAACAACCUCAGCAAACAGCGAAGAGGAAAACACACACAAGGAAGAAAAAAAGACUCUCGCGACCGACCGCAUCGACAAACCUCCGGAAACUUCUCAUUUACAGGACGAUUGUGAGCGGUUCGUGAUCGUCGUGCUGCGAACAUCCAAACUAAAUUUCACGUGAAUAUUAUAUCGUGGCUCGAUUUGCAAAAAUGCAUUAAUUUAUUAGAACGACUUUAUCAACAUUCGAAAGUACCUUUUUUCCGUGGACAUUUGAGACUUAAUUUAUGAGUAUCUCCGCACCACGACACGCCCUGAACAAGAGGAGAUAUUUAAAUGACUCCGACAUAAAUUUCAUCCGCAGUUCAAUCCAUGAUCGUCUCCAUUGUUUAGCCGCACGAGCUAAGCGAGUUGAUUAAGAGACAUUAAUGUCCAUUAAUUCACUUUCCCUCUCUCAUCGACAUUGUUUCUGGGUUGUAAUCAGUUUUUUCCCCCAUUGGCCGGCGUCUGCCGGCCCCUUCUUAACUUCACGGUGCCGCGCCAUGCUCAGAACAAAACGUCACUCAAAUACAUAUUAUCACGUGAGCUCAAUAAAGUUUUUUUGGAAGAAAAAAAUAUAAUACAAAAGAUCAAUGUAACUCAAUGUGGAAGUCCUAUUUUGUAACAAAAUGAGAUAACGGAUGAAGAAGAUGUACAUAGGUUAUUUUGUAUUGAGAUAUUGUCGAAAACGGUAUUGUACGUGUAAAUACAGAUGUGGUUACAAAUUACUUUGAAUUAUUAAGAGUUUUCUUUUUUCGAUGAGUCAAUAACUGGGGCACAAAGAGUGAAUUGAUGGUGUUUAUUGAUCAAAGUGCAUAACCUGUUUCAGUGUUUUGUUUUUUUGGACAGCCGGGACGACGACCACGUCCUCUUUGCCUCUCGGAGAAAAAUAACACGCCAGAUUGUUGUUGUUCUUGCUGGAAUGUAUCGUUGAGUAACUGUUGCACAAAUGAUUCUGAACUGACGUUUUCCCCCCUUGUUUUGUUCUGGGGAGGCUCUGUGUGCCUUAGCUGACUUUUAGAACCUUCUCUGUCCAUUAAAACAAGAAGAAAACUACUUUAUCUUUUUUAUUUUUUUGUUAUCUUAUGUGAAGAAUACCAUGAGUUUUUUGUCGAGUGAGUCACUGGUACUGCAACACCAAAAAGAUGUCUGCUGUUGUAUAUAUCAUCAGGCCUUGUGGCUUUAUCAGCUUUUUAUUUGUUAUUGUUUUCUUCCCAAUGGGGGAUUUGUUUUGUUGUACUUGACUGGCUUGUCUUACUUUUCUCUGACUUUUAUUUGGAAAUAAAAUUAUAUGGAGAA